AUGGCCUGCUUCGCGCGACACCACUAUCACAAUGUGUUAAGUGUACCAUCAAAUCUACCUCAGUUAAAUGAUUUAGAUCCAGGAAUUAUAGUGUGGGAAAACGAAGAAGACCCAAUUAUAGCAAUUAAAAAAUCUAGUGUUUUAGUGAACUGUUCAGUGACCUCAAAUAAACAGCAUGAUCCAGUGUUGUAUUAUUGGAAAAAAGACGGAGUUCGUUUGACGAACAAAGAACAUCGUUCGCGAGUGGAGAUAUUACGAAAUGGAUCAUUACAUAUUAGACGGGUUAUUCAUCAAGAGAAAGGCAAUUUCCGAUCUGAUGAUGGAUUCUAUGAAUGUUUCGCUAAAAAUACAGUUGGUACUGUUUUGGGCAGAAGGGUUCAUAUAAAGGUAGCAAAAAUAGCAAAAGAAUUUACAGAGCGUCCACAAUCACAAACUGCCAGUGUAGGUGGGCUGGCAUAUUUAGCCUGUAAAAUAGAAGCAGUGCCAGAAACACUGUAUGUAUGGCAGAAAAACAGUAAACCUCUAGACACCAAUCAUAAACGUUUUCGCACAUUAAAAGAUUCAAAAUCAUUGAUCAUCACAAACCUGGAAGCAGCUGAUAGCGGUAGCUAUAAAUGUUUUGCAGUCAUUAAAGCCUUAAUACUAAGAAUGGAUGGCAGUUCUGAUGUAAGCUCCUCACAGCUAAAAUGGAGGGUUACAGGUGUGGCCAAUUUAAAUGUCACCCAAGACACAACCUAUUUACCUCUUAGAAUAUGGAGAAAACCACAAAAGAACGUAACUGUACUAUCUCAUGAAUCAGUUAUAUUAAACUGUAUUGUGACCAGUAGACCCAGUCCUCAAAUAACAUGGACAUUGAACGGUAAAGAUCUACCAAGUAAGGCUGAUAUAUUAGAAGAUGGAAGUUUGUCAUUAUCUAAAGUCAGUAAAACAAUGGCUGGUAUAUAUAAAUGUAUGGUCAAAGUACCUGGUCAUCAAACAGAAUUUACCUCAGUUGGAGAAACAAAUCUCAAUGUUGAAACCACAGCUCCGAAAUCUCCCCUUAUAACUGAAGGCCCAACGAGUUUAGCACAUAAAAUAGCUCGACAUUCAGUUUUAAAAUGUGAAGCAAAUGGAUAUCCAAAACCACAAAUUACAUGGUUGAAAAAUGGAGAAAAAAUAGAAUUUGAUAGCAGACACGAAGUUAUUGAAAAGAAGAACUCCUUACGUAUCUUCAACAGUAGAGAGGAUGAUUCUGGAUAUUAUCAGUGUAUAGCUGAAAACAAACAUGGUUGGACAUCUGCUCUGGCACGACUUCAAAUUAGUAAAAACAUACAUGCUCCAAAUCCUCCAAAGACAGUACAUGGUAAAGGGGUGUCCAGUACAGAAAUUGUAGUUAGCUGGACUUUGGAAGACGACAAAGAUGACAUUCUUUGUUUUACUGUCAAUUAUAAAGAAAUCACUGACAAAGAUUCCAGUGGUGAUCGUCCAAUACGUGAAGUGAAUAAAGUAGAGCUAUAUCCCAGCCUAUCUACCAGUUUAACAAGACUAAAACCUAAUACUAAUUAUUCUAUCUAUGUUAAAACUUACACCACUACCAGCGCUAGCAUUGACUCUACACCAAUUAUAGCAACUACACUAGAAUCUGUGCCUUCAAGUUUCCCAUCACCCACAUUAACUAGUCAAGGGUAUGGUGAGGUAUUGUUAGAAUGGGAAGAGUUAACAGGUGAUGAGAGUCAUGGGAAAGUGACCGACUACCAGAUUUAUUAUGGUCUAGGUAAAAAUGAACAGAUCCAUGUUAUUAACAUUACAGCACAACUUAAUAACUACCUCAUAAAAGACUUAGAUACAAAUGGCAACUACAGAUUUAGAAUGUUAGCAGGGACUAAGAAAGGUUUUCCAAAGUUUACAGAUGAAGAAUGGCCAUGGAUAUACCAUAAAUUUCCUGCUAAAUCUCUGUCUCACAAUUCUAUACUACCAAGUGUGAACAUUACAGUUUUAAAUACCACAACCGUUCACAUAACUUGGUUCUAUCCUAAACCAGUUGAUAUUCUUGAACAAAUUCUAUUCUUACGAAAUUUACAACAAUUGUCCUCAGCUAAGGUGAUCAACUAUGAGCCUACCUCACGACAAAUUACAUUAACUCAUCUAGCUCAAAACAGCUUCCAUGAGUUUUUUCUGGUGGUUAAAUCAAAAAGUUUUGCUACGGGUAGCGUGUCAAAGUUAUUUCAUACCUCUGUCUCUGAUGCGCAGCAUACACAGCCGUGGCUUCGUCCCAAUAUUAAUAUUAUUGCCUCACUGAUGGAUCCAGACCAGAUCACAAUCACCUGGGAAUUUCCGUCAAAUGAUGAUAUACUCUUCUAUAAAGUGAGGUGUGAAACAGUGUUUGGUUUGAACCAGUGCGAACAAAGUCGUAAAGUCCGGAUUAUUGAUACUCAUUCUAACAGUGCAGUAUUAACUGAUCUUGAUGCUUAUACAUGGUAUAAUAUAUCAGUUAAACCUGAGUUAAGAAAUGGACAAGGUGUUUACAGUACUCCAACCUUGGUUCUUACUAGAGAGGACAAGCCAUCACGUCCAGAACAUGUAACAGCUAGAGUGGUGUCCCCUGACGAGGUCAUGCUGGAAUGGAGUCGACCUGCUUAUCCUAAUGGGGUCAUCCAAGGUCAUUAUAUAUCGUAUAGUAACCAGGAGCAAAAACCUGAUCAAUGGCCACAAGUCUAUCAAGAGGGUAUGAUGAACACAGCUAACAUAUCCAACCUGACCAAACCCUUAUAUUUUUUCCUUAUAAGGGCAUGUACUCAGGCCGGUCAAGGCCAACCAUCCCCAAUAAUAAAAGUUUUCAUGAAGGUAGAAGAUCCAGGUUUUUUGUCUGAUCAACAUUUGGGUAUCAUUGGUGGAGCAGCUAUUGGUAUUACAUGUAUUAUCAUAACAGUUUGUGUUAUUUUCUUAAGACAAAGGCAGUUACAAAAACGUUACAUAGCAGCAGAAAAGGCAAAUUGUGCACCAUGUCCCCACGGAUGUGUAGCUGGUAGCACUGCAACCAAACCUCUGGAAAAUGGUCAUAUAUCUCCCAAAUCUCCACCAAAUCAUACUUGUAGAAGUAAGUACAUGUCCAAAUCUCUAUCAAAUUAUACUUGUAGAGUAAGUACAAGAUCUAUAUCUCUAUCAAAUCAUUCUUGUAGAGUAAGUACAUGUCCAAAUCUCUAUCAAAUUAUACUUGUAGAAGUAAGUACAUGUCCAUUAUCUCUAUCAAAUUAUACUUGUAGAGUAAGUACAUGUCCAUUAUCUCUAUCAAAUUAUACUUGUAGGUCUGCCAUCGAUAAGCGAUCUCAAUUUGGUUAUCGAUACCCAGCCCUAAGAAUGAGAACGUGUAUAUUGGAAAGAAAUGGAAUGAUACAAGAAGUGCAAAUUCAGAAAGCGUUUUACUGCGCUGAAGCUACAGAUGUAUUGGACGAUGAUGAAGUGGUCAGUGGAAAGGUAAUGAAGAGGAAGAACACAUGGACAGGAGCUUUCAAUGGUUUCAUGGAAGCCUGUAGCUUGAACCCGGACAUUUAG